CCUGCCUCGCGCUGCGGAGCUGUAGGAGAAUGCUGGGACUGCGUGAUGUCAGAUCGCUCGGGUCAUUUGAAGGUUAGCAGCCUGGGAAGGGUUCACAGAAAGUUCACGCGCAUAUAUUAGGCAAUUCAAUCGUUCAUUCCUUGUGACAAAACUAGAAGGAAAUGAACUGCGUAUAGGCUGGAUAACACAUUCGUCAUCGAAGGGGGCGAUAUGCUUUUAAAAAGCGAGCCGCCUUAUUUAUAAAAUAUUUAAACAUAUUUCAAUUCAGCGCGCGUGAUCCGGGACUGGGUCCCUCCGAGUAGGUAACCGUGCGGGACGGGACGUGCGAAACCACCUUAAGAUAAACGCGCCGGGAUAUCACGGAGGGGGUCAAUCGCUGAAACCCCUAAACCCGCUGCAUCUAGGACUGCAUGGGAAAUGGCAAGUGAGCAUUUGGAUCAAUUACCAGCUUUUAGAAACGUCGACUGUCAUAACUCAUGAUUCCAGUGCGGGAAAGGGACCGAGAAUUUACGUGCCAAAACCGAGUGCAGAGUUUGAUGGAGUUGGGUCCACUUCUGCGACCGUUUUCCCUGCAGACCUAAAAGGAGGAAGAAAAGGCUCUGCAUUUUCAGACUAUCGCACAGGGGGACAUCAUGUUUGACUGCAUGGAUGUUCUCGCGGUGAGCACGGGGCAGAUGCUGGAUUUCUACUCCGCGAGCCCGUCGUGCAUGGUGCAGGGGAGGAAUCUGAAGGCGCGUUUCUCCGGGCUGACGCAGAGAGACUGGCGGCAUCGCCGAUGCACUCAGUCCAUAGAAACGCAGAGCUCCAGUUCGGAGGACCUGGUCCCCAGCCCCCCCUCACCCCUGCCUCCCCCCCGCACCUACAAGCCCUGCUUUGUGUGCCAGGACAAGUCCUCGGGCUACCACUACGGGGUCAGCGCGUGUGAGGGCUGCAAGGGCUUCUUCCGCAGGAGUAUACAGAAGAACAUGAUGUACACCUGUCACAGAGAGAGGAGCUGUAUCAUUAACAAAGUCACCAGGAACAGGUGCCAGUUCUGCCGUCUGCAGAAGUGCUUCGGUGUGGGGAUGUCCAAAGAGUCGGUCAGAAAUGACCGGAAUAAGAAGCGGAAGGAGAGUCCGAGGAGAGAGCUAGCGGAGCGCUACGAGCUAACGAGCGAGCUGGAGACCAUUGUGGAGAGGAUCCGAAAAGCACACCAGGAGACCUUUCCCUCCCUGGGCCAGCUGGGCAAGUACACCACGAACUCGAGUGCAGAGCACCGGGUGCGGCUGGACCUCGGGCUGUGGGACAAGUUCAGCGAGCUGUCCACCAAGUGCAUCAUCAAAAUCGUGGAGUUUGCCAAACGAGUGCCGGGCUUCACCGGGCUGACCAUCGCCGACCAGAUCACCCUCCUGAAAUCCGCCUGUCUGGACAUCCUGAUCCUGCGCAUCUGCACACGCUACACGCCGGACCAGGACACCAUGACCUUCUCGGACGGCCUGACGCUGAACCGCACGCAGAUGCACAACGCCGGCUUCGGGCCGCUCACCGACCUGGUGUUCGCCUUCGCUGGCCAGCUGCUGCCCAUCCAGAUGGACGACACCGAGACCGGCCUGCUCAGCGCCAUCUGCCUCAUCUCCGGAGACCGGCAGGACCUGGAGGAGCCGUCGCGGGUCGAUCAGCUGCAGGAGCCCCUGCUGGAGGCGCUGAAGAUCUACGUCCGCAAACGUCGUCCCAGCAUGCCCCACAUGUUCCCCAAGACCCUGAUGAAGAUCACUGACCUGCGCAGCAUUAGUGCCAAAGGUGCAGAGCGGGUGAUCUCGCUGAAAAUGGAGAUCCCAGGUUUGAUGCCGCCCCUGAUCCAGGAGAUGCUCGAGAACCUAGAGGAGCAGGAGGAGGAGGAGCAGCAGGAGGAGGAGGAGGAACAAGCCAGCGGGUCCCCCAGCGCACCGCCCAAAUCCAGGCCCACGCCCCGCCCCUCCACCCCGGGGCCACAGAGCAACCCGGAACCAGAACCUCUCUCACUCUCCUAAAGUGGGGUGUCGCACGCCCAGAGCUCAAAUCUCUCUGCUUUAACCUUCUUCUUCUCUUUUGUUUGUUUUAUUUUCUGAACAGGACCACUGAUGUGUGUUACACUCCCAGCCUGUGGGGGGCGCUAUGUCCAUAUCUGCU